AUGCCACUCCCAGAUAUAGCACACGAGUUUGAUAGUAUAGAAGAUACAAUCGCAGCGUUCAAAAAUGGCGAAUUCAUAGUCGUCCUCGACGACCUCUCCCGCGAGAACGAAGGCGACCUCAUAAUAGCCGGCAGCGACGUAACGACCGAGAAGAUGGCCUUCAUGAUUCGUCACACAUCCGGAUUAAUCUGCACGCCCAUUCCCCCAUCUCUUUGCGACAAGCUCGAUCUCCCACAGAUGGUCACAUCGAGUGAAGACCCGAUGCGAACGGCGUAUACCAUAUCAAUUGACGCGAAUUCUCCUCUCACGACCACUGGCAUCAGCGCGCAUGAUAGGGCACUGACGUGUCGCACUCUGGCUAGUUCAUCGGUGACGCGCGAGAGCUUCAGGAGACCCGGACAUGUAUUUCCAUUGCGGGCGAAGGCGGGUGGUGUAAGGGAACGAACGGGACAUACUGAGGCGGCGGUUGAGUUUUGCAGAUUAGCGGGUAAACCGCUGGUCAGUGUUAUCUCUGAGAUGGUGAUUGAUGGGGAGGAGAUUGAGGGGAAGGCAGAGAGGAAGGAAGCGGGAAUGAUGAGGAGGGAUGACUGUGUAGCUUUUGGCAAGAGGUGGGGGUUGAAGGUAUGCACGAUUGAAGCUCUCGUGGAUUAUGUUGAGCGGACGGAGGGGAAGUUGGAAAGAAAAGGGGUUAAUGGUAAAUCGUGA